AUGGCCUUUUCAAAACUGAUUUACCGUCUGAAGAAAGCUUUUGGUGUUAAGUGUGCAAACGAACAACCCCGUGAGCCACUCAAACCCGCCGGCAACACGACAGAAAAGCAUCCUCAUCUGGUAACCGAUGAGCCGCCGGUCGUUACAAGAAAACAGGCAGAGAGACAGAAAAAGAAGAAAAUCAAAUGUUCUUUCCUCUUCCUCGACUGUUUUUCCAGAAGAGCUACUGUUGAUGGUCAGCUCUCUGUGCAGGAGAUCCAUGAACUUCAGGCUGAGCCGAUCAGUAGCUCUAAAUUCUUCCACACGGCUGUGCACAAUCUUGAGCUGGAAGUUCUCCAACCUUCAGGUCGUGAUGCUGCAGCAGAUGAAGAUUUUGACUCCACGGAGAAACCUGAAGUGAACAGCUUUGACUCUGCAGUAGUUAUUGAGAACGUCUCUGCAGAGUUUCACUUCACAGCAGACACUGAAUCCUCCCUCAGUGAGGAAAGCUUGGAGCAAGCACUUGACAGUCCUACAAGUUCAUUAUCAGAUGAGGCCACUGAACCUCCAGUGAGCCAGCAGCUCUUAACAGAUGGCAUCUGUGACUCUGCACUGGAGGAAGACUCUGACCCUUCACUGUCUCAGAAGGUCUCACAAGAGGACUCUGCUGUGAAGUCUACAGCAGAUGAUGGGACCUGCUUGGAUAAUAAUGACAUCAGCUGCCGCUACAAACUUGGAAAGCAGCUCGGUGAAGGAGGUUUCGGCUCUGUGUAUGAAGGGAUUCGCAUACAGGAUGGUCUGCAGGUGGCUGUUAAAUUUGUCCAGAAGACACCAAAUAGGCAAGAUCUCUGCUCUUCAUGUGACCAGCCCCUUCCUCUUGAAAUCACCUUGGCAAAUAUGGCCAGCAGUGGCUCCAGGUGUCCGAAUAUCAUUCAGCUCCUAGAUUGGCAGGUCUUUAAAAACCAUUACGUCAUGGUCAUGGAGCGGCCUACGCCAAGCAUGGACCUGGAGGCAUUCCUUCAACUCAGUGGAGGCGUCCUCAGCGAGCAAACGGCACAAACCAUCAUGUGGCAAGCAGUUUAUGCUGCCAAUGUUUGCUGUUACCGCGGGGUAUUCCACCGGGAUAUAAAGCUUCAGAACCUGCUUGUGAACCCAGACACGCUGGAGGUCAAGCUGAUCGACUUCGGGUGUGGAGAUUACAUGAUGGAAUCAGCCUACAGUAACUUUUCUGGCACAGAAGCGUACAUCCCGCCAGAGUUUUAUGAAAGAGGAUGUUACCGAGCCAUACCAGCGACGGUCUAUUCUCUUGGAGUUCUUCUCUACGUAAUGCUCCAUGGAGAUUUCCCAUCAGCGUAUGACCUGUACUAUCUUGAACAUGACUGGUCCAAAUUUACCCUCUCUCAAGAAUGCUGUGAUCUGAUGAGGGCUUGUCUGCAGCAGAAUCCAGAGCGCAGAAUUCCUCUAGAACAGAUGCCUUACCACGACUGGUUCAUGCUAGAGUUCUGACCAGUGACAUUAGCAGAAUGCCAGUAGCCAGUUUACAUCUGUUCUGUUUUGUGUAUUUGAUUUAUGUACAUGUCUGUAAUAAAGAGAUAUAUUAUUGAA